AGGUGAUAACGGACCGUCAGACGACAGACACCGAUUGCCGCGGAUAACUCUACUCUGAGCUGACCUGCCGACAAUCUAUUACACACCGAAAACCGCGACGACGAUAUCGUUUCGGAUAACAUCGGUCGAGAAACUCUCGUAACGAAUAUUAUAAAUCAUUAUUAAUAUUUCGUUGGUUUUCUCUCAAAACACUCAAUCGCGGUUUGGGCGGGUACCGCGUUCGAGCGAUAGAGAUACUCGGGGCACCGUUUCCGAGCCCGCGCGCCAUGUCCAAGUCGUCAGGUUCCAACGACUUGCGCACCGAGCUGGCUGAGCUCGUCAAACGCAAAUCAGACAUUGCCGAAACUUUGGCCAAUCUUGAACGUCAAAUUUAUGCAUUUGAAGGAAGUUACUUAGAGGACACUCAUUUGUAUGGUAAUAUCAUUCGUGGUUGGGAUAGAUAUCUUACAUCGGCUAACAAGCUUCCUAAUUCUAAAAAUGAACCGCGUAACAGAAAAUUCAAAGAAGCUGAGCGUCUUUUUUCCAAAUCUUCUAUUACCUCCAUGGCUGCUGUGAGUGGUUUAGUGGAAGCUCAAGAAAAAGCUGAAAUAAACAGUGAAACUGAGUCACAAACAGGAAAUAGUGGUAGUGAAGAUAACAUGACCAAAGAAAGUGGAAAAUCUAAUAAUUUGACAAAUGGUCCAACCACUCCCAGAAAUCCUUUAGCUUCUGCCAAACGAACGUCUAGUACUAAAAAAGUUAAGAACCGAUGAUCUUCAUUUAACAAACUCAAUAGAGUUUUAAAACAGUUCCAGCGACCGCAGUGAGAACGUAAUGUUAUGUUAAUAUUGUUUAACAAACAACCUUUUUGUAAAUGUGUUAUAACUAUUAACUAUUACAAUUUUGAGCUUAGAAUUAUUUAUUAUUGUACGAAGAUAAUUGUGACUGUAAA